AUGAGCAAGCACGCUCGGCAGGUGACCCCGCUGGGCGAGCGGGCCACGUCCCCCGGCAAGGGCCAGAAAAGGAUCCCCAAGUGCUCCCGCUGCAGGAACCACGGCUUCGUGUCGCAGCUGAAGGGACACAAGCGCUUCUGCAAGUGGAAGGACUGCCAGUGCCAAAAGUGUCGGCUGAUCGCCGAGCGGCAGAGGGUCAUGGCGGCGCAGGUGGCCCUCAGAAGGCAACAAGCUCAGGAUGAGGAGCUCGGGAUUUAUAAUCCGGUCGAUCUUUGCAGUCCGGGCUCGGCGAUGAAGCCCGAAAGCGGCGCCGAAUGCUUUUUCACUGUGGACGGUCGAGUCCUGGCCUCGAACCCCGCUUCCUCUCUUGGCGCCACAGGUGCAGAAAGUCACUCCAGCCCGACGGCCAGCAGCCGGCCGCUCGCUGACGGACAGUCCGACCUGCUCUUGGAGACCACCUACCAACACCUCUACCAGCCUUCCUGCUACCCGGGCUACUACAACAACGUGUACAACUACCAGCAGUACCAGAGUAUGCCCAACGGAGACGGCCGCCUGGCGGGCCACAACAUGUCCCCCCAGUACCGCAUGCACCCCUACUACCCAGCAGCCCCCUACCUGGGCCAGGGUCUGGGUGCCUCCUCCUCCAUGCCGCCCUUCUUCCCCAGCGAGGACAACAGCUGCUCCGAGGCCAUGGCGGCCUGUAGGGUCACGCCGCCGAGUGAUGGCCAAUCCGGCAUUCCUCUCCUAUUAAUGCAUUCCCGUAUCUCUGGUUGCCGCGUGAGAAAGUCGCAUGCUCGUCCUUAUCAAAAAUGGUUGGUCGGCGUCCAGCGCGUGGGCGUGUUUGGAGGCGAAACGUUGGUGCGACAUUCCUUACGCUCGCCCGAGCUUCCUGCCUGA